AUUAUCGCCUGGACAGCCUGAUACACUUCUGUCUCACAAUCCGAGUAUGUAUAGCUGUGAUGUCUAACAUGUGGCCAGUUAAGUUACUUCUUUAUGGGAUCUGAGUCUUUCUUUUCCUGGGAAAUGGAGUUAGAAAAACAUAAGAGAGGAACUUCAGCAAGAGACUGUUUGUCGAAGGAGAAGCUGAAGGUUCCUUCUGAAUCUGGAUUCCUGAGGUUCACAUUUGUUCCUUCGUUUGGAAGACUGCCGACACAGUUCCACUUUGCUGAUGCCACAAAAUUCCUUGCGGGAGUUGCAGAGGGGCCUGUGGAUAGGAGCUCUAGAAACAGAACUGAAGCAUUUUCUCAAGAUCAAGCUUUGGGAAGCCGAUACAAAGGUGAAGCCAUCAGCUUCACAAAGAGUCACCCCAAAGGUUUCCCGCCCACAGGACCUAACGCAAGUGGAGAGGCAAUGGAGGGAAAUGACCUUUUCAAAGCCGAGUUUGUCUUCAUUACGGACUCGGAAGAAGACACAAAAGCGGCUGCAGGCAACGGCUGUGAAAGGGCCAAGAUUUUAGAUGCAUCCUGUGUGUCUGCCAGUGGUGCAUCAAGAGGACAGCUGAAUGCUUCACAGCUCCCAUUACACAUGGAACGUCCCUACAGUUCCACCAGUCAACAGAAACAUGCCCAGUUAACUUCUCUGUCUACCUCUGAUCAUCUUUCCCAUAAAUCAUCUGUUGCUCAUUUAUUUUCUCCAACUAAUCUGAGGGUAGAACGCGCACUGGCUCCUACUGUCCAUCAAGCCUCUUCUCUGCAAGAAUCUCAUAGCCAAUGGCAGUCUGCAAAUGGAUCUUCCGUAUCCCAGUCAUCUACCUACAUACAAUCUACCACUUCUUCCAGUCUACCGUCUUCCAUUUUGAAAAAGCCUUCCUUCCCAUUUAACAGCCUCUCAGAUAGUACUCAGUUACCGGGUGGUCUCCAGCCUAGCAAUCUUCACAAGAAAUCUGAAUCCACCUCCUCAGCACCUUCGACAAGCAAGGACUCAUGUCCUUCUUCACAGGUUCUCAGUUCAGCAGGCACUCUUCAGAGUUCCUCUCCUCAGGCCCGUUCUCCUCUUCCUUCCAAGAGAUUUGCCACAUUGUCUGUGGCUCCUAUUUAUAUCACAACACACUUAUUAUCUCCCAGUCCAAAGCCCCUGUCUUCUCCUCUGCACGGUUCCUCUUCAACCAUACAUAGCAUAAAUAACCCCAGUAGCCAAAUGUCAUCAAGUGGAAAUCUUCUGAUAUCUGGAAGAAGAUCCCCUCUGCCAACCAGGCUUUCUCUUCUGACUGCUCUUCUGAAAUCAGGGUCUUCUCCCAAGAGGCCAUUUUCUCCUGCAUCUUGUCCUGCCACAUUUUCUAGCAAUUCCUUAGGCUCUUCAACACUGACAAUAGACCAGAAGUUUACAACCCCACCAACUCCUAAGAAAUCUGCCUCAAAUAUUUUGAUUAGGUCUGAUUCUCCAAGUCAAGAUGAUUUUCACCUUUCAGUAUUUUCUAACCUGCCAAAUCACAUGACCUUAUCCUCAAAGUUGAGUCCUACUCUUAGAUGUAGGUCACUCUCCCCAAAAAGUCACCUCAAUGCCAGGGCGCUUUCGCCUGACAAACUGCGCCCCUUGUCGCCCACAAUUUCCUCCUAUAGAAAAACGGUUGUGUCGCCUCUCUUGCAAUCAAAGUUACCUCAUUUUUCCUUACCUCCCCAUGUGCCAAGAAAAGGGGCGCUCUCCCCUGUCCACAGAACACGAGAACCUGAGAAGUCUAAGAAGGUACACACCUACUCCCCCACUUUUACUGCCAAGUCCUAUCCUGUAUCAACUCCUGCUGUCAAUCAAAGGCACACAACAAUUUCCCCCACUUCAGAAAAAUGUCCUCUCUCUCCAACCUUUAGGCAUUCUGGUGAUCAGUCUAAAGAACAUUUACCACAAGCCUCUGCUAAGGACCCAGAUAUGCAUCCAUCAUCUCCAUCAUCUCACUGGCCUUUUUCUCAUCCAGCUGCAACCUCACCUACUCCUCUGGGCUGUGCUAUUAAAUCCCCUGCACCUCAGAACAAUUCAGUUCACUCAAGCUUCAGAGCUUGCCCUCCAUCUUCAAGACCCAGGACCCCAAUAAUAUCACAGAAUAGAUCUCAGACCAUGGUUCACUCACCUUGCUCAUGGUUGUCAAGAUCCAGGGAACUGAAUUCACCGCUGUCUUUCUCCCUACCUUCUGACUCUGAAAAUAAGAUUCCCAAGAUCAAGACAAGCUACAAGGCAUUUGCAGCAAUCCCUACAAACACACUGCUUCUGGAGCAGAAGGCACUUGAUGAACCAACCAAAGCAGAAGGAGUGGUUGAAGAUGGAGAUACACAUUCGGAGAUCUGUUCCCCUGCCCAGCUCAGGCAACAAACAGAAGAGCUGUGUGCUGCUAUUGAUCAAGUCUUACAGGACCCUCUAUCUAUGCACCGAUGUGAUUGUUCUCCAAGCUCCCUGCAGAACAUAUCAGAUUCAGAUAUAGACAAAACAUAUUCAGCUUCACAGAGACCAGCUGGAUGGGAAACAAGAUUUGCUAACUUCUACUUAUCUGGGCCUGCAGUGCCUGAGAGUCCAAAGACAAAGCCUGGUGUCAUCCGCCCAACAAUGGUAAAAGCAAAAAUAAUAGUACAAGAAGAGGAGCCCAUCCAACCAAACCCAUUCAAAAAGUACUUAGAAGAAACUACCAAUCCCGAAACUGAAGAGGAUCCAUAUUUUUCCCAUUCUUUUUUCCAUACUAAACCGAACCCACCUACUAAGUCCCCAUUGCAUCCACAGCAGGCCAUCUCUCAUGCUGUCUCGCUAACUCCUGGACCAUUCAGCCACUUGGGUUCCAUCUUGGGCGAUAUCCAUGACCAUUCUUAUAGUCCUUACCGUCACAAUACUUUGCAUAAUAAGCCCACUCAUCCGAUAGUGCCUAUUCCAGAAAAUGAAGCACUCAGCUCUAAAGAGCUUUGUUCAGUUAGAAGAAAAGAGAAGCUGCAUUCACCAGUCUACGAAGAAAAGAAAGAGCUAAGCAAAGGAAACUUUCCAGACAAUGGAAGACUUCACAGCAGAGAUCACUGUCUAAUCAGAGGAGAUCUUGGGAAUAGUUUUGCAAAACCCAGCUAAGCCACCAUUUAGGAUUAGAUGCUAAUUGUAGAGAAUACUUACCAGCCUGGUGCAACGCUGACAUGAAAUUCAAGCUGAAGUCAAGAGAAUUGUUGCAACUUGAUUUUGCCUCUCUCUGCCUAUUAACUGAAAAAUAUCAGUAGCACACUGCAAGUAAACAGGAAGGAUCAUGGCAGCCCACGAGAUGGAUGCUGAAAUGACUGUGGGAGAUUUCGAUACAAUCUCCCAAACUGUCAAAUGGAUUUUUAAUCUACAUUGUGAAGAAAAUAGUACCGUUUAUCUAGAAAGCUACUUACAUUCUGAAAUGAAAUAAAGCUGAGCUAUAUAUU